CCUCCCUUGGUUUCCUCCCAUUGUAGAAACAGCUGUAGACCGUGAACCGUGGAGUGUGGGUCUAACACGGAUUACCCGGAUACCGGCUGGGUGGGCAUCAAGCAGCGAGAGACAGUAAAUCAGCACUUCUUUCGUUCUUUUCUUCUUCUUUUUUUAAUGAAUUAAGUUUCUCCGCUUUUCUUUUGAAUGGACUUCUUUCCUAUAACAUCAACCAUGGCGACCCGGAUUUUUCAGACCCUGCAUGCGUUACUGAUUCUGGAGUUGAGCUGGGGUAAAAUGUUAUCUGAGGAUCUUGGUGAAGCGGUGCGUCAAGGUGCUGGUGUCUCACCGGCUGUGGAGCAGCGCGUCUUUGCGCACGAGAGCGCAAACCUAGACAUGGUCUCCAUCAAAAUGUUCAAAGUGUACGAGAAGUACAGUAAAGGGCCGCAGAGCCAGAGGGACGGAAACACCGUGAGAGGUUUUAAAGCUGUCCCGAGAGUCUUACACGGCAAAGACGUGUUCCAGUUCAACCUGUCCUCAAUGCAAGAAUCGGAGGUCAUCCUCCACGCCUCUUUUCAUUUCCUCUAUAAGCGGCCGCGCCACCACCAGCAACCCUGGCGUUUCCGAAGGCCCCGCCAACCGUCCAGCGAACAACAGCCUCCUUACCCUCCCUCGCCUCAGCUGCUCUUCUACGGAGCGUCCUCAAAGUCACCUAUUGCAACACCACUGGGGAACCAAACUCUGACUCCUUACAAGAAAGGCUCUUGGCAAUCACUGGAUGUAACAGCAGUGGUGAAAAACAUCAAGGAUGCCAAAGAGCUUGUGGUCACGGUGGAGUUUAAUAUGGGGUUCGGGGCAACUCGGGGGCAUCAGAGAAGCCCUCAUGGCCAAGAGCGCCUUUCUCCAUCUAACCUGCCUUUUAUCUUGCUAUAUGCUGAUGAUCGAGCUAUAGAUGAGCCUAACAGUGUGGCCAUGUCGCUCCAGCGGUACGGGCCUUUCCCUGUAGCGGAGGACGCGUCCCGUUUAGAUUCAGCCUCAGCCUUGAGGAUCCGGAGGGAGCUUCAUCUCCAGACCCAAACCAACGACAUUCCAGAGGUCCAGUACAACACUCUGAAGAAUCAUGAACUGUGGCAGAACACGUAUUUCCCAGCGAAAGCCAAAGCCGCGGCAGUGAAACCUGGAAGGAAGCAGGGCCAGGAGAGCAGCGAGGGCCUGGGCAAGCCCCAGGUGCUAAGCUUUGAUGAGAGGACGAUGAAAAAGGCCAGGAGGAGACAGUGGAGCGAGCCCAGGGUUUGCUCCAGACGUUACCUCAGGGUGGACUUUGCCGACAUCGGCUGGAGCGAGUGGGUUUUGGCGCCAAAGUCAUUUGAUGCCUACUACUGCGCCGGGGCCUGUGGAUUCCCCAUCCCUAAAGUGGUGCAUCCUUCCAAUCACGCCACCAUCCAGAGCAUCGUCAGAGCGGUGGGAAUCGUCCCUGGGGUCCCCGAGCCGUGCUGUGUCCCAGAGAAGUUGAGUCCCCUUAGCGUUCUUUUCCUGGAUACAGAGAAGAAUAUGGUGCUGAAGGUUUACCCCGGCAUGUCUGUGGAUACCUGUGCCUGUCGGUAGGGCCGGACAUUGCUCGUUGAAGAGCAAUGUAGAGGACAACAGAGAUCAGGACAGCUGAGGAUAAACUGAUACCAGUUACAGGGCUCUCCUUCUUUUGAGUCUCAGUUUUGAGAACUCAAGUGAAUUUUGGAUCUGGCAUGAUCCGACGUUGAUCCCACAAUAACCAUAGAUGGGUUUCUCUCCACCCAGGCCACCUUCAUUUCUUUUCCUCCCUUAACCCAAAAGCAGUUUAAAGAAGUGCACUUAAUACCAACCAGUGUAUGUACUGUAAUGUCUUGACCGGCUGGAUGUUGAAGUUAAGUACAAAACUCUUGAAGGUAGAUCUUCAAUUCCUGUUGAUCCCUCAUAAACGUUUUCAGUCUUUUUGGCACACUUUCACUUUUAUAAAGUGAUCUUGUUUGUUUUAAUAUUAGGCAAGAUAAAACUUGAUUUUCUUUGGACUCAGACCUGGUCUGGGAAACGUCUGGGUUUCACCAGUUUCUGAAACCGUCUGUUAUCAGUGUUCUCUGCUGCUUGCCCCUUUUUUGUGAUUCAAAUGAAUUUUUGACACACUGAUGAACUACACAAUGACUAACAAACUCAGAAUGGACUGAGAGACACAAAGGCUGCAUGGCAUCCUGCCAAAUUAAUCAACCCUCAUGUAAAUAGUGUAGCUACUUAUGCAAACUAAUGGUACUUAUUCUUAAGUCAUGUGUCACUAUUGAACACCUCCCAUAUAGCAAGAACUGUUAAUCAUGCAUGAGAGGUAAUGUCUUCUUUAAACUCUAUUUUGAUAGCUUUUGUUUAUAUCUUGUAUAUAAUGAGUGUUACUUGUUUUGUUUCUUUACAACUACCGUGAUUUAAUGUAGACGCCAUGUGUUGCUUGCUUCUGCUAUGUGCUACAGCAGGGAGGAAAAACAGUGCAAGGCUGCCACCUGCUGUGCAUUUUGGGGAAGUUGAAGAGACUAAAACAUAUAGGAGAAAGUUAUAGAACUAUGUGAGGCUAUUUAGAAACUUCUCUUUAAUUCAUAAAUACGGUUGAUCUAAUGUUUGUAAUAACAGUCAAUUUUCAUAGUAAGUAAAAAGGGAUAAGUUUAUCUGACCUUAUAUCUGUAUAGCUAAAAGCAUAUUGGAAUAUUUAUGUGAUGUGUGUUUUAACAAACGUAUGCGUGGUAAGGAUAAUAAACUGAAUUGUACAUACGGUUAAAGAAACUUGCCUUUGACUUUUUUAGGUUUCAUAAAAGAAUUUAAAGCAUAAACCUGUCUAUGUACAUUUGACACUUCACCUCAAUAUAUUAUUGCAGGUCGGUAACAUACAUUAAAUGGAUAACAUUGCUUUAGAUUGCGCAUGUUUCAUGAAAAGUCAGGUUUAUAUCUUGGUUUAUUGAUGUGUCAUGCUAAUCUUGAUAAUUACAGGUAUUAAGUAAAAGUAGCUAGUUU